AUGCCCGCCACCGCGAUACAGAUCCCGACUUCGGACGGCCGUGUGCUUGCCGGCACGCUGUACACUCCCAGUCUGGCACCAGCUCCGUAUGGCAAUGAACACAAGCUUCCUGCUCUCGUUCUUGCCCCCACUUUCACUGCCAUCCAAGGCAUGGGCCUCCAGAACUGGGCGAGCCACUUCACCCAUCACUUGUGGAUGGCUGUUGUCACUUUCGAUGCACGUGGGUUUGGUGCCUCUCAGGGUCCGGGGUUCGUAACUCACGAAGCGCUACCAACAGCACAAGUCGCCGAUAUCCAAGACGCAAUAACCUACGCAGCAGCACAUCCGCUUAUCGACCCCAGCAAGAUUGCUCUCUGGGGAUCUGGGUUGUCAGGUGGCCACGUGCUGCACGUUGCAGCCAUCGACAAACGAAUCCGCGCCGUCAUCUCACAGGCACCACUCGUCAAUGGCUGGGAGACGAUCAGCCGUCGUGUGAGAUAUGAUCAUCUACCGGACCUCGAGGUUCGUUUUGCAGCAGACCGUCUGAACCGUUGUACGGCCGUGCUCGGCGGCGCAGAUGCCACUGCCCUCCCCAGCCCGGCUAUGGUACCUGUGGUCACGGACCCGGCUGGUCCCGCCAAGGAUGAACUCUGCGCGCUUCCAGGAGCAGACAGCUUCGCCCACUUCGGCCGUUUUGUUAACCCAAUUACCGCAGAAGGUACGGCGGUGUGGGCCAACGAGGUCACGCUGCGGUCACUCGAGGCGAUCCGAGGGUAUAUGCCGGCGACACUUGUAGAUAAAAUCAGCCCAACACCAUUGCUUAUGGUAUUGGCACGGGAAGAUCGUGUAUGUCCAGCUGACCUGGCGCUAGCCACCUAUGAGAAGGCCCUCCAGCCGAAGGAAGUGCGUUUCGUCGCGGGUGGCCACUAUAGCGUGUACGGCGGCGAGCAAUUAGAGGGAAAUGUUGAAGGGCAGAUCGCCUGGCUGAGGACGGUGUUUGGUCUAUGA